AUACUAUAGACUCCGGUGGAUGUCGUCUCUAAUUGGUCAGGGUUAGGGUUUGAUCAGACAAUGGAGGCGACAAAGGAAGGGGAAGAUCUGUUAGAUGCGAUUCGACCACCGCGUCUGGAGGACGCCGGCCUUGAAGACUGCGCGUUGCCGCCUGAAUCCAUCCAGGAGGCAUUCCUCAAAGCGGCCGCCGCUCUUGGCUCACGCUCCCCGUCCAUUUUCGCUACACCGGACGAUGAAUCCGACGACUGCCUUGCUGGAGUCGGUGAAGCUGUUGAGUGUUCUCCACCUCCCGGGUCUUGCGCCGCCGAGAAGAGCGGCGGAUUGCCGGGGAAUGGCGUCACGGAUGCGGAGGAGACGGUGGAAGGUUGUGCUGAUGGAUUGCAGGGUUUGAAGAUCGCAGAAGAAGGGAAGAAACCCAAAAAUGAAGAAGCAGAAAGGGAAGAAUGCCAUUAUAACUGAAGGCUAGACGUGAUUCGCGAAAUCAAAACAAGAGUCUUUACCCUCCAGUGCUGGGAGUGUGAAAAUCAUGGAGAAGUGUGAGGAUGAAUAGACUUCAUGAUUGAGGAUCAGCAUGCGAAGAAACUUUCCACGACAGCUGCUAUAUAAUUUCCGUGGAAACAAUCUUCCACAACAACGAGGGUUAAGUUAUGUGACUGCUGAGGCUUAAAUUAAUAUACAAAUUUUAUAUUAUAUCUAUCA